AUCCCCUACAAACCUUCUAAGAAACUCUCCCUCUUUCACCAUUACUAAAUCCAUCUCCACAGUACAAUAUUAUUAACCCCAUGAAGAUGGUUAUAGAAUCGCCACUCUCUCUUCUCCGAUCCACCCAAAUUCCAUCUCUUCGCCCGCCACCACGUGAUCGCUGUAGUGUCUUCUUGGAUCCGGAGAUUCUGAAAUUUUCCCUAUUUCUAAUUCUCCGCCAUCUUCUUCUCCGAUUAUUUAAACUGUAAAGUGAGCCCUAAAAAUCGAAUCUUUCCAGUUUUAAAUUCUUAAAGCUUACAGAGCACCAGUGAUGCUCCGCUCUCCCAUCUUCUUUACUCCAUCGUCUUCGUCUCGAUUACACCAAUCUCCAUUUCCAAAGUAAGCGAGCAAAGCGAGAAAGAAACAUGCUCCCUAGUAGUAGAGGAGUUGUCGAUGGAGCAGCCUUGCCGCCUACAUCAAAACCCCUCUUCUUUUUCCCCUUCUUACUGCAAUGCCUACUCUGCUUUUUUUUUCUUUUGCUGCUGCUUCUAUCGAGCAGCGCCGCUGCGGCCAUUAAUGGACAGGGUGCAGCUCUACUCGCAUGGAAGAGGACACUAAACGGAUCGUCAGUGGAAGCCGGGCUUUCCAAUUGGAGUGAGCUGGAUCCUAAUCCAUGCGGAUGGUUUGGGGUUUCCUGUGGUCCUGACGGCCGUGUUGUUGGGAUUAAUUUGCAGUACAUUGAUCUGAUCGGGAGUGUGCCGAGCAAUCUUACAGCAAUAGCUCCGUCAUUAACUAUGCUAGUACUAUCCGGUACUAACCUCACUGGCCCUAUCCCGCCGGAGCUGGGCGAGCUACCGCAGCUCAGCCACCUCGAUCUCAGCGACAACGCUCUUUCCGGCGAGAUACCUGUGUCGCUGUUUCGCCCGGGGAGUAGAUUACAGAGACUUCUCCUCAACUCCAAUCGGCUUGAGGGAGGAAUCCCGGAUGCCAUUGGCAAUCUCACUGAUCUACAGUUGCUCAUUCUUUACGACAACCAGCUCGCCGGAACGAUUCCGGCGAGCAUUGGGCGGCUUGGCAAAAUGGAGGUCUUCCGUGCCGGAGGUAAUAAGAAUCUAAUCGGCGCAUUGCCGGAAGAAAUUGGGAACUGUAGUAGCCUUACCAUGAUUGGCCUUGCGGAGACCAGCAUCACAGGGUCCCUGCCGGCGAGUCUUGGUUUGCUUCAGCAGUUACAGACACUGGCGGUUUAUACCGCGCUGCUGUCCGGUCCAAUACCGCCGGAACUAGGCCAAUGCGGCGAGCUUCAGAACAUUUACCUAUAUGAGAAUUCGAUGACCGGCUCCAUUCCACCGGCCCUCGGCCGGCUCAAGAAACUGAAGAAUCUUCUGCUUUGGCAGAACAAUUUUGUUGGGAUGAUCCCGCCUGAACUUGGUUUGUGUUUAGAGCUCGAAGUUGUCGAUCUUUCCAUUAAUGGACUCACUGGAGGGAUUCCUGGCACGCUAGGUAACAUCACCAGCCUCCAGGAGCUCCAGUUAAGCAUGAACCAGAUUUCUGGGUCCAUUCCUCCAACGAUUUCCCAUUGCCGGAAUUUAACAGACCUAGAGCUCGAUAACAACCAGAUCUCCGGCACCAUCCCGCCGGACCUCGGUCGAUUGGACAAUCUCCAAACUCUGUACCUAUGGCAGAACAGGCUCGAAGGCGGCAUUCCAGAGGAACUCGCCGGAUGCACGAAUCUAGAAGCAGUAGACCUCUCCCAGAACGCCCUAACCGGUCCAAUCCCGAAGGGAAUUUUCUCGCUACCAAUGCUGGGCAAGCUGCUCCUACUUGAUAAUGAUCUUUCCGGAGAGAUACCGCCGAGUAUCGGCAAGUGCAAGUCGUUGAUCCGGUUCCGGGCUAGUGGGAACAGGAUCACCGGGAAAAUCCCGGUUGAGAUUGGCGGAUUGAAGAAUCUCAGUUUCCUUGAUCUGGGCUCAAACCGGCUUUCGGGGCCGAUCCCUGCGGAGUUCUCUAGCUGCCGAAAUCUCACCUUCCUCGACCUCCAUGGAAACGCCAUCGCCGGAACCCUUCCCUACACUCUCUUUGAGGGCCUUGCUCUGCUCCAGUUCCUCGACCUCUCCAAAAACCUCAUAAGCGGCGAACUUCCCUCUAAUCUCGGCUUGCUUGCCUCCAUGACGAAGCUGAUCCUCUCUGGAAACCGAUUCUCUGGUCAGAUCCCGACGGAGAUUGGAUCCUGCUUUCGUCUCCAAUUGCUAGAUCUCAGCAGCAACGCUCUGUCUGGGGAGAUCCCGGCGAGUCUUGGAAAGGUCCCAGCGCUGGAGAUCGCCUUAAAUCUAAGCUGGAAUAGCCUCUCCGGAGAGAUCCCGCAUGACUUUUCCGGGCUCAGCCGGCUCGCCAUUCUCGACCUCUCACACAACCAUUUCUCCGGUGAUCUCCACCCUCUCGCCGUCCUCCAAAACCUUGUCACCCUCGACAUAUCUUUCAACAACUUCACUGGCCGCAUCCCAAACUCCUCCUUUUUCUCCAAGCUCCCCAUCAUCGAUCUCGCAGGCAACCCCGAGCUCUGCCUCGCCGGCUGCAUCGACGAUACCGCCAAUGCCAACCGAGCAAUCUCCAGGCGUGCCGCGCACAUUGCCACUGCUACUUUGCUCUCCGCUGCUGUAGUAUUUCUCGGCAUGGCCCUUCUCAUCUUCCUCAGCCGCCGGCGAGCCACCGGAAUCGGAAACACUGUCGAUGAAGAGAAAGACGGGGAGCUUGCACCUCCAUGGGAAGUAACGCUGUACCAAAAACUGGACAUUGUCGUCGCCGACAUUACAAGAAACCUUACGCCAGCGAACUCCGUCGGAAAGGGCCGUUCUGGCGUCGUCUACUCAGCCCGAGUUCCAUCCACCGGAACUCUCAUUGCCGUUAAGAAAUUCCGAAUCGGCGACGACAUGGCUGUGGCUGCAGCUGCCGGAACCGAGAUCGCCUCACUAGCCAGGGUCCGACACCGAAACAUCGUUCGAUUGCUGGGAUGGGCGGCGAAUCGGAGAACAAGACUCUUGUUCUACGACUUCCUGCCGAAUGGGACACUUGGGGAGUUCCUCCAUGGCGGUGCUUUAGGUGGGAGAGGAGCUGCGGCUGCGAUGGAGUGGGAGGUGAGGCUCGGCAUUGCGAUUGGUGUGGCGGAAGGUUUAGCUUAUCUACACCAUGACUGCGUUCCAGCGAUCAUUCACCGUGAUGUCAAAGCCGAUAAUGUUCUUCUUGGGGAUAGGUACGAGGCUUGCCUCGCUGAUUUUGGUGUAGCUUGUGUCGCCGGCGAUACAAGUGGUGGUGGACCAGCAGCCGUGCAGCCGCCGUUCGCCGGAUCUUACGGCUACAUUGCACCAGAGUACGGUUGCAUGAUGCGAAUAACGAAGAAAUCCGACGUAUUCAGCUUCGGCGUCCUGUUACUGGAAAUAAUAACCGGCCGGCGGCCGGCCGAGGGCAGCUUCGGCGAGGGCCAGACCGUCGCCGGUUGGGUCCGCGACCGCCUCCGCCUCCAGCGCGACCCAGUCGAGCUCCUCGACCCGAGACUCCAGGGCCGGCCCGACACCCAGGUCCAAGAAAUGCUCCAAGCCCUCGGCAUCGCUCUCCUCUGCGCCAGCCACCGCCCCGACGACCGCCCUUCCAUGAAAGACGUCGCCGUUCUGCUCCGUGAGAUCCGCCAUGAAGAUUCCUCCUCCGCCGAUGCCAAUGGUACCAGGAAGGCUUCUGCGGCAGUAAGCAUUAGCGCUGCAGUAAGGUCGCCGUCGCCGGCGCCGUCAACGUCGCCAUCGUUGCAGUGCUCCAUCACCUACUCUGCUGAUGGGUUCAGGUAAAUGGAGGCGAAAGGCCCACUUGAAAAAUAAAUGCGUUAAAUUGAAAGAUAUUCUGAUUAAGUUUUUUAUUUCUUCCAAUUUAUUUUGAAAUUAACAUAAUAUAAA